AUGCUGGAGAAGACGCAGGGUGGAAGGAGCAAGAGGCGCUGUGUGCUCAACGUCGUUGUACUCGGGCUGAUAACACUGUUGUUCGUGGGCAAGUAUCGGGAAAGAGUUUCGAGCAGGCCUGGGGAGUCCUUUCGUUGUCAGGGGUUUGAGCCAUUGCUGGGUAAACCGUCGGGUGAAGUGUGCAAGAUUCUGCAGAGUUCUCAGCUGCAGAACGAGACUUUGAGUAAAUUGUCCAAUGCAGUGCGAAUCCCCACGGAAAUGUACGACUACUUCCCGGAUCCAGGCGAGGAACCCGAGUACGAGGGCUGGAAGCCUUUUGCUAAGCUGCACGAGCAGCUAUCGAGCGAUUUUCCUCUGGUUUGGUCCAAGUUAGCAGUGGAAAAGGUCAACGAGUAUGCGCUCUUGCUCACCUGGGAGGGCACGGAGAAGGAUCUCAAGCCCGUUGUCUUUGCAGCCCACAUGGAUGUUGUGCCAGUGGAGAAGAAAACGUGGGGACUGUGGGAACACGAACCCUUCAGCGGCCAUUGGGAUGGUGAGUUUUUGUGGGGUCGUGGGUCCUUUGACGAUAAGAACAUGCUGAUCGGUGUCUUGCAGGCGGUCGAGUACAUUCUGCGGGAGGAGCCGGACUUCAAACCAGAACGUGGGAUCGUCAUUGCCCUAGGCUCUGAUGAGGAGAGCACUGGCAGAUACGGCGCAAAAUAUAUCAGCUCAGUUUUGCUUGACAGAUAUGGCGAGAACGGCAUCUACUCUAUUGUCGACGAAGGCGUGAACGGGGUAAAGAAUGUGGAAGGCGUGUGGAUCGCGGCGCCCGGCACGGGCGAGAAGGGUUUCAUCAACGUGCAGUUUGAUGUGCGUACUCCAGGCGGUCAUUCUUCCGUGCCACCUGACCAUACCUCCAUUGGCAUCUCGGCAGAGAUUAUUCACGACAUCGAAAGCGAGGCAUUCCCGCCCAAGUUCACUCCAGAAAACCCGGUAACUCAGUACUAUCAAUGUGCUGCUCAGUACUCUGAGACGAUGGACGAGGGUUUGAGACUGGACUUUUUGAGUGCCAUGGAGGACGAGGGUUCGAAUCGCAGGGUCCUGGAACAUUUAAUCAAAACUGGUGGUAAAAAGACCGAGUGUCUCUUCAAAACCACUAGAGCAUUUGACAUCAUAAACGGCGGGAUCAAGGCAAAUGCGCUGCCUGAGAGUGUUUCCUUCUUGUUGAAUUCGAGAGUCAGUGUCGAAUCUUCCGUUGACGAAACCGUCAGUGUUUUCUCCAAUGCGGCGUUGAAAGUCGCAAAGAAGUACGGUCUUGGCUACUCUAUGAAUGAAGACGUCUUAGUUGAUGCCACAGACAGGGGCAGCGUUAAGCUUGUGGUCGAAAGAAGCCUAGAACCUGCACCGGUGUCACCGAACAACGAAGUCUGGAGAGAAUUUGCUGGUUCGAUCAAGGGUUUUUACGAGAAAGUGGUGUUUCCUGCCAAGUUCCAAAACAGUACAACGUCUUUGGUUGUGGCACCCUCGAUUAUGACUGCCAAUACUGAUACCUGUCAUUACUGGAAGCUGACAAAGAAUAUAUACCGCUAUCAGCCAGGGUUUGCAAUGGAGGAUACUUUGAGUACGAUCCACUCGGUCAAUGAGCACGUUGAUGCCGAAACAGUGAUGCAGGUGGUGGGAUUCUACUACAACUACAUCCACUUGGUUAACGGGCAAGAUUUCUAA